AGAGGGAAGAGAGUGCUGCUCCGAGCUCAUUUUCAACACUCGGCGCGUGGGACAGAAUUCAGCUCGGUGUGUGUGUCUGUGUGUGUGUCUUUACCAGACAGCGUGUGCCUUCUCAUCGAAGGAGAAAAGAGGAGCACCGAAAUCUGUCCUAGUGAAACCUCCACACUGGCCAGUGGGCUAAGGACUGGGAGAGACAGAGAGGUUCUGUUCUGAGGGAGAAGAGGAGCUACUUUGUGAUAUUUUUAUUCAGAUACAAAGGCGAGACGAGAGGACAGGAGAUAUGUCACAUGCAAUCCUGAGAAGAAACUCCAGCAAGCAAGGUCUGCAGAACCUCUUGAAAAUCACUGCCCAGAGGAGCGUUGAGGAUGCAGAGGAGGUGGAGCGAGAGAGGAGGCGCAGGGCCAGGGAGUCUUUCCGCAGUAUGGGCGGCAGCGGCACAUCGGGCUCCGGAGGCCCAUCCAUGGAUGAUGGGGCUUUGGCUGAAGACGGCCUGUAUGAGACAGAUCUGAAGCCUAACAGCAGCUCUCCCUCCAUGGAGGAGGACGAGGGCUUCAGCGACUGGACUCAGCGGCUGGAGAGACGCAGGCAGCAGGCCCAGCGCAUGGAGGAGCUGAGCCAGGAGCCAGAGGAGCAGAACAACAUGCCCCUGAAUGGUGCCAUGAAGACCACCACAACACACGCCCCGUCUGCUUCAGCCACUUCCACCACAUCUCAUCUGCUCCGACAACACCAGGGAGAAGCAGAGGAGGAGAACUUGGGAAGAAAGGAAAGUGAGAGGAAAAGAAGGGAGCGAGAAGAGGAGUUGGUAAGAGUUGAAAGGCUGCAAAGGCAGAGGGAGAGGGAUGAGGAAGCAGAGAAACAUCAACAGGAGCAGAUGAGGCCGAUGAAGAGGGGAGAGGAUGACAAGAGACCAGUUCCUGGGAAAACGUUGAAAGACAAGAGCAAAGACGUCAAGGUCUCAUACAGAUCCAAAGUCAUCCUGAACACGGAUGCCAAGCAUGGUGACACCAACGGUGACACAGCUGGGGAGGAGAGAGCGUCAUACAUGGCCAACGCCAGAGUAAGGGCACUCAGGGCUCCGGUGCACGUGGCAGCGGCGGAGGCUGAGGAGGAGGCCAUUUUAGAGACGGAGGCCAAGCUCGAAAAAAUCAGACGCAGCCAUGCAGAGAAGGAGAACCAAGAGCUUGAGCAGCUCAGGCAGAAGCAGGCUGAGGCAGAGCAGGAGCUGGAGGAGCUAAAGCGCAAGAGGGAGGAGAGACGCAAGGUCAGGCAGGAGGAAGAACGCAGGAGCAGAGAGGAGGAGCAACAGCGCCUGGCCAAGGAGGAGGAGGAGAAGAGGAGGAUGAAGGAGGACAUAGAGAGGAGGAGGAUGGAGGCAGCGGAGCGGAUGAAAAGCCUCAGUACCUCCAGCGUGGACGGAGAUGAGAUGUUCAGCCCACUCAGUCCCAAAGGCUCUGUCUUCAAGAGAGAGAAUGAAGAGAGUUUGACAGCAGAAAAUACAUGCGUGAUCACAGAGAGAACGGAAUCCUUGAACCGAUCCCUAAAGAAAAGCAACAGCUUCAAGAAGACACAGCCACCUGUUCUCCUUGCCAAGAUGGACGACAGGCUGGAGCAGUACACACACGCCAUUGAGAACUCCCAGGAGGCCAGGGCAGCCAAGCAAGGGUUGAUGGACAUCCCCAUGUCACCAGAGGCAGUUGCCUCCAAGAAGAACUUGUUUGAGGCUGGCGAGGCCUGGAACCAGAGCCCGGCCAAAGGCAUACCAUCUAAGGACGCUGAGGGUCUGAAAGUGGGCGUGGCAGACCUGAUUACACAGUGGGUGAAGGGCAGCCCAGAAGGCAUCAGCAGGAACUCUCCCACCAGACCAGCUGAUGUAAAAGCUGGUGACGUGAUGCAGAAAAAGAACAUGUGGGAGAUCAUCGGGGAAACAUCCCCUGGGAGAUCAGGAGCAGGGACAAAGGUCAAUCCAUCUGGUAAAAGGUACAAGUUUGUAAUGACAGCUCAUGGUAAAUACGAGAAGAUUCCUGUUGAUGAUGAUGACAACAUGGAUGAAUACAUAAAUGGAAAAGCAGACCUACGCCACGGUGAAUAUUGAAAUACAUUCAAGAUGGUAUAGUCUUCAAUAACUUUGGUCACAUUGUCAUCAAAUGCAGCGAUGAUAUUGUGUAAUUGCUGUUGUUUAUGAAAACAGUAUAAUUCACAGUUUAAACCUUUCCUUUUGUAAAACCUUUGAAAAGAAUGUCAUGCUUAAUCAUUGGUUUGAUUCGUAUUUCUGCACAUUCAAUUUGAACACAUUUAAUUCCAUCUUCAGACAUACAUUUGUCUCAUGUGUUUAUGUAUAUACGUAUGAAUAUGUUUUUUUUUCACUGGUUGUUUAUCUUUUCAUUUUUUUCAAUUCAUGCCAUUAAAAGGUUUCAGGUGAUUUUGGACAUGAUGCAGAAAGUAAUACAAAACCUAAGCUUUGAAAAUAGUUACUCUUUUAAUUUGCAGGUUUGAAGCAUUUGAUCCCUGAGCUUGUAGCCUGUGAUGUCAUGUUUAUACUUAGUUUUCUGUCUGUUAUUUGAGCCCAGAGAUUAUACAAACAUCAGCAUAAAUAUUCUGUUAUACACUAGGCCCCACAGGGGGG